AUGGCGACUUCCAUUGAGAUUCCUCUCAAGGAUACUGACGAGGUUAUUGAGCUUAGUGUAAAUCAACUGCCAGACGGAGAUGAAGUUCUCACGAUUCUACGUCAAGAAUCAGCUAAACUGCACAUCUGGGUCGAUUUGGCUCUUGCAUACUACAAACAACAGAAUAUCGAUGACUUCAUCAAAAUUCUGGAGUCUUCGCGCAAUGACGCAACCAUCGACUACAAGGAAUUCGAAAAGGACCAAAUGCGCGCCCUGGACAUGCUGGCAGCUUACUACGUCCAGGAAGCGAACCGCGAGAAGAACAAAGACAAAAAGCGUGACCUGUUCACCAAGGCCACGCUACUGUACACUACUGCUGACAAAAUAAUAAUGUACGAUCAGAACCACUUGCUGGGACGAGCUUACUUUUGUUUACUCGAAGGCGACAAGCUAGAUCAAGCGGAUGCGCAGUUCAAUUUCGUGUUGAACCAGUCGCAAAACAAUAUUCCAUCUCUCCUAGGAAAAGCUUGUAUCGCCUUCAACAAAAAAGACUACCGAGGCGCGUUAGCUUUUUACAAAAAAGCCCUCAGAACAAAUCCUAACUGUCCUGCAGCAGUUCGCUUGGGAAUGGGCCACUGUUUCAUGAAAUUAAGUAACCAGGACAAAGCACGGUUGGCAUUCGAACGUGCUCUUCAACUAGAUCCACAGUGUGUCGGUGCUCUAGUUGGAUUGUCCGUAUUAAAAUUGAACCUCCAGCAGUCUGACGACAUUAGAAGUGGUGUCCAAAUGCUUUCCAAGGCUUACACAAUCGAUUCUACGAACCCAAUGGUGUUGAAUCACCUUGCGAAUCACUUUUUCUUCAAGAAAGAUUACAAUAAAGUUCAGCAUUUGGCAUUGCACGCUUUCCAUAACACAGAAAACGAAGCGAUGCGCGCUGAAAGUUGCUACCAAUUAGCACGAGCGUUCCACGUCCAGAGAGAUUAUGAUCAAGCCUUUCAAUAUUACUACCAAGCGACUCAGUUUGCACCAUCAGCAUUUGUUCUCCCGCAUUUCGGUCUUGGUCAGAUGUACGUCUACCGUGGGGACUCGGAAAACGCAGCCCAGUGUUUUGAAAAAGUCCUAAAAAUUCAGCCAGGCAAUUACGAAACCAUGAAGAUCUUGGGAUCGCUUUACGCAAACUCACCAUCGCAAUCAAAGCGUGAUAUCGCCAGGAAUCAUCUCAGGAAAGUAACUGAGCAGUUUCCCGAUGACGUGGAAGCUUGGAUAGAGCUUGCUCAAAUUCUCGAGCAGACUGACUUGAAUGGUGCGUUAAGCGCUUACGGAACAGCCACCAAAAUAUUGAAAGAAAAAGUUGAAGCUGACAUUCCUCCAGAGAUUUUAAACAACGUCGGAGCGCUGCAUUACCGUCUCGGUAAUUUAGAAGAAGCGCGUAAAAAUCUUGAAGAAUCACUGGCUCGUUCUAGAGCUGACGCUCAGGAUGAUCCUAAUUACUACAACUCAAUCGCCGUGACAACUACUUACAAUUUGGCACGACUUAACGAAGCACUCUGUGUUUUUGAUCGCGCUGAAAAAUUGUAUAAAGAUAUUCUUAAAGAGCAUCCUAAUUACAUGGACUGUUACUUGAGAUUAGGCUGUAUGGCGAGAGAUAAGGGACAGAUUUAUGAAGCUUCCGAUUGGUUUAAGGACGCGUUGAGGAUAAAUAAUGAGCACCCAGACGCAUGGUCUCUGCUGGGUAAUUUGCAUCUUGCGAAAAUGGAGUGGGGACCUGGUCAGAAGAAAUUUGAAAGAAUUCUUAAGAAUCCAUCGACUAGUACUGACGCGUACUCGCUGAUUGCGCUGGGUAAUAUUUGGUUACAAACUUUGCACCAGAGCGGCAAAGAUAAAGAGCGCGAGAAGCGUCAUCAAGAUCGAGCUUUGAUGAUGUACAAGCAGGUGUUACGCAAUGACCCGAAGAAUAUUUGGGCUGCUAAUGGAAUUGGCGCGGUUUUGGCUCAUAAAGGCUGUAUAAAUGAAGCGCGAGAUAUAUUCGCGCAAGUUAGAGAAGCUACUGCGGAAUUUUGCGACGUUUGGUUGAAUAUAGCACAUAUUUAUGUUGAACAGAAACAAUUUGUCAGUGCAAUUCAAAUGUAUGAGAAUUGUUUGAGAAAGUUUUACAAGUAUCAUCAUGUUGAGGUGCUGCAAUAUCUUGCACGAGCGUAUUUUAAGGCUGGAAAAUUGAAGGAAGCCAAGAUGACGUUGCUAAAAGCGCGACGAGUUGCUCCACAAGAUACUAUUCUGCUGUACAAUAUUGCGUUGGUACUUCAACGACUUGCUACGCAGAUUCUCAAGGAUGAAAAGUCAACACUGACAACUGUACUUCAAGCAGUACACGAAUUGGGAUUGUCACACAAAUACUUUCAAUAUUUGGCGGCUCAUGGUGAUAGAAUGGAACAACUGGCGGAAGCUGAGGCUCGCAGGUGUCAAGAUCUUCUUUCGCAGGCUCAGUACCAUGUUGCUAGAGCACGUAGAUUGGAUGAAGAAGAAAAGAUGCUCCGUAAGAAGCAAGAGGAGGAGAGGCUAGCGUUUAAAUUGAAGCAGAAUGAAGAAAAGAAAAUAAUUGAAGAGAUGAAACGGCAAAAAGAAGAAGCGAUGUUGCAAAAGCGACAGGAGUAUGUUGAAAAAACUAAAAAUGCGGUUGUUUUUGGAGAUAUGCCGUCAGAAAAAGCUACCAAGAAAGGAAAGCGAGGAAGAUCUGAUCAAUAUGUUAGUGACAGUGGUGGCUCGGGCGGUGAAGAGAGAAGACCUGACGAUACCCCGAGAGAGAAAAAGAAGAAGAGGAAGGUCAGCAGUGAUGGAAAAGAGCACAGAAGUAGAAAGUCGGACAAUGAUAAGCCCAAAGGCCCACGAGGCAGAAAACUUGGCAGUGGAAAGAAACCAAAGAAACCGGCACCAGAGGUCAUCAGGAACUCCAAGUUUCUGUCUAAAGAGACCAUCUCGACGAGUGAGUCGGAAAGCGAGGACGAGAGAAAGAAAGACCAGCCAGGCAGCAGCAAAAGCAAAAAGAGGAUCCGAUCUGAAUCGGAAGGCUCUCGAUCUCGAUCAAGGUCCAGAAGCGGCUCGAGAAGUUCAUCGCGUUCAAAGUCCAGGUCAAAGUCUAGAUCUCGAUCCAAGAGCGGCUCAAGAUCAAGGUCCAGAUCCGGAUCUCGUUCCAGGUCUAGGUCUAGGUCCAAGAGUGGCUCACGCUCUAGGUCCAGGUCUGGAUCUCGGCACAGUGGAAGUCGAUCAAGAUCACGAUCUAGGUCUAAGUCAAGAUCACGAUCAAGAUCAAGAUCAAGAUCUAAGUCCGGGUCGCCAGCUAGGUCUAGAUCAGGCUCCAGGAAAACCGGCUCUAGAAGCAGAUCAAGAUCCAGGUCCAGAUCUGCCAGUGGGUCGAGAAAGAGCGGUUCAAGGUCCCGGUCACGGUCACGAUCCAAAAGUCGUUCAAGGUCCAAGUCUAAAAGCCGCUCUCGGAGUAGAUCUCGUAGCGCGAGUGGUUCUGCUAGGUCUGCUUCACCGGUGUCAAGAAAAUCAGUUUCAGAAAGUGAUGGUUAAUCUGUAGGCUGUCAUGCAGUGUAAUACACUAAUAUAUAAUAA